AGCACGUGGCCCCACUGACCCCAUUGCCAUCGGUAACGAUUGUCCUGGCUACUGCGAUUCCGUUUACUGUGGGUACACAAACUGAUAAAAUUUUCACUUGCCAUGGUGAAAGAUGUGAAAUACAGUGGAUUUUUCUAAUUUUCCGGAAAAAUGUUGAGAAAAGUUAGAAAACCUAAACCAAAAGCUAAACGGCACAUCGAAGAUGUUCCGUUCUACAAGUUUGUGUACCAGAAAGACGAACUGCCGCUCGAUCCGGCCAGGGGCUUCAUCGAGGAGCAAAUUUCGAAAAUCAACGUCAUCAAGCCGGCCUGCUUCAACAAGGACUACAGUCUUUACCGCUACCCCCGGGGUGACGGCCAAGGCCUGCGGGAACUGCUCCUUCCGGAAAAGUUAUCCUCCAUCGAAACGGCGGAGUACCUCCCAUCCGGAAUCUCUCCCCUAUCGCCGCUGGAGAAGCGCCUUCCGGACGUAACCACCGAGCUCAUAAAACUUUACAAAGACUUGCGACUGAAAAUUUUCCACGACCUGGCCCUCACCAGGCCGGUGCUGCUGGGGAACGAGUUCUUCCGCCGUUACGGUCGAGUAAAUCAAGAUGGCCGCCGCAAGCUGCCUGCAAUACACCGCAGGAGGCGACCAGCGAAAAAGUUUCACUUCGAUGAGUUUGCCUACCGCACCCCGGAGGAAAAUGACGAGGCGCUGCUGCGCAUCCAGCGCCAUCUGGAUCGGAUGAUAGCGAAGAGCAUCCGCGAGGCGGAGAAACGCCGACAGCAGAAGGAGGAACUGGCACGCCGGCCACAGUUUUGCACAUCGUCAUCAUCGUCGUCUUCGUCGUCGUCGCAGAGUAGAAACCGAAAUGUUUAUCACACCAAAGUUAAACGAAAACGGCUGACUAAUGAGCAGUACAUCAAAAAGCUUAAGGUGGACGAAAGUGUAAAACUAAGAUACCUUCAAGCGUUGCUUCCAGUACACCCAGACGACCAGAAGCGCAAAAUUCUGGAGAAAUUUGAAAAACGUUACCACGAAGCCAUUGCUAACUUUGACGAUGACAUGCGCCAGCGAACGCUAAAUGUGCUCGAAGAAUUAUCGGUCGAAAAAAUUGAGCACUAUCCAUCGCAUCUGAUAAAAAAGAUUCUGCCUCGUAUCGAUAGUCGUAUUGCCUACCUAAAGCAAGCUCACAAAUUCAUCCUGGAAGAGGAAAAGCUAUGGCCCAACAUCUACCCGGAGGUAAUCCUAUUGGAUUACAUUUUCGACCCCGAGCACAACGUUCCCCGAGAUCAGGCCGUCUACUUGACUAUCCUGCUGAUGGACCUACAGGAAGACUAUCGCUACCAUGUGAAACGAUCCUUCAUCCGAUACAUCCUUCGUUCAGAGGAAGAACGCAAGCGGCUGCAGCUUGCUGUGGAGCCACCCGAAUAUCCGAUCGCCACGCUGAUUGCUCCGGUUCCGUGGAAGUGUUCGAUCCAGGUUGCCAAGAACCGGUUGGAAGAGGUUCUGAUGGUGAACCAUCCGGUUUUGCAGGCCAUCAACUUGCUGUGGCAUAAGCUGUACGGUAAUCUGCUGGUGGUUGAUCCGGCCAAGUUCUACAGCACAGAUAUCCCGAUGCACGCGGAUAAGAUUACCGAAACGAUUCACAACAGUUGUCGCAUAACUCGAGAUAUACUGAUCAAUGACUGGAUGCCCCGAGUGGCGGAUCUGGUCGACGUCAUGCGUAAGUACUGGAAAGAUCUGGUGCCGCGUAACUCGAUCCACGGAGGUCGAGGAACGAUCUUCUUCAAUUGUAUUCACGCACUGACGUCGUACCAUUUGCAAGGCUUGAUCAAGAAAAGUCUGGACCAUUUGGUUGAAGCACUGGAAGCUUAUCGGGGUGGCGAUACUCCAACUGGGGACCAAGCUCCUAAGCUUAAAAUGAAACCUUUUAUGACGUUGACGGUGUCGGUAGUUGGAAAGCCAGAUACAGAGAUCGAGAAGAAUACGGAAAAGAGUGACAUGUCUCUGUAUGAAGCUGAUGAUGACGAUCCGAGUUUAUUGACGUCAGAAUCGACGGAUGAUCCGAUGACGUCGGUCCUUCACAUCAUGUGCACGCUGAAUCACGGUGUCGAAGAGCUUGUACAGGAAAAUUAUAAGUUUACGAAUUCGAGCGAACGAAAUCACGGAGCACUUGACGAGAUUAACCACCAUUCGGUUUAA